AUGAAUCGAUCCAGCAUUAUCUUGAAGCCUUAUUUGAAAAAGCUCGUAUUACAAACCCACCCAGACUUCUUCCAAUUUGACACUCUAAGGAAAAAGACAAAUGCAGAAUCACUUCAAAAACUGAAUGAGCUAUUACAAUUAUCACACACAAAAAGAAAAAGUGUACCUGUCAAACUUGAAUUCUACUCUAAAUCACAAAGAAAGUCUAAGGCACCAACAGCUGUGGGCUUGUUUGAUACACACGACUCAGAAUGGGUGAAAGCGCAAAUUUUUUUUCAAUUAUGUCAACAACUAGACAUUCCCAUUUUACAAUCAGAUCUCGAUGCUGUGCAAGACAUGAUCCAAAAAGAAACAAAACCAACAAUGAACAAGUCAUUAGCAAAAGAGUUUGCAGAAAAGCUCUAUCAACAGCAUAGACAGCCUAAAAUAGAAUGGCAGUCAGAAGAUGUUCUAAGGAAUAACAUGAUUAUGUUUGGUCCAUUAGUAGAUACAGAAGUGGUUGCUAAAAAAUUGAGUACAUGGUUGCCACAGUUACAGCCAGAAAAAUGGUGGGGUAAAAUACCUGUCUUGAUCUUGUCUUCUCAAUUUGAACUGCCUGCAGAGACAGGAAGCAAAGAUAUGCUGAUAUUGAAGAGUGAUAUGGGACUUAGAGACAUUGAGGAGUACUUGAAUACGCAUUUAGACAAAGUACUAAAAGAAAUAGACGCAAAAAAAGUAUAA